AUGGCAGCAACCAAUGAUGCAGCAUACCAAUCACUACGCCGCCUGCUUCUCGCAUCCCCCGUGAACCAGUCGCAUAUUGACCUCCUUGACAGGAAUGCAUUGUACGGCUCUAUUGGCCAUUUUCUUUCUAGCAUGUCUCUGCUGAAUGUGACAGACUUCUCGGAGGCACUUAUAAGAUCGCCUGCGCUAUGGAAUGCACCUGCAUUUUCAGAUGUGAAUGCGUCCACACAACAGGCUGUCGAGCGAGCCACAGGCAUCGCACAGGCACUCUCAUUUGCUGUCAGUGAGCGAGUUACCAUCAUUUCCAAGGCUCUUCGUCGAGCAGCACCGCGCUCGGCGCCCGCUGAACUUGGUGCUUGGCUGCAAGCGAUACUCGAAGGCGUGCAUCGUGUCGACCACGACGUGCACCACCCUCACCAUACCCGUGGGAAAGCAGUGCCCACUACGCCGACCGCGUCCAUGUCUCGAGCCCAAGCACCACCACAUCCAUCCUCGUCUGUGCCUCGCACAUACCUCGCGAAACUAGCGACGGUAACCGGCCUCGUGCACGGGGUCUUGAGCGAGCGCAACAAACGCACACGAUUCUCUCUCUGGUUCCAUCUUGGUCGACACACACGUACACUUGAACAUGCCUGGGCCGCUGUUUUGGCCGACGCGCUGCAAAAAAACUCCUACUGGGACGUGGCUUCACGUACUGCUUCACUCACCCUAGCAGCAAGUGUCGUGGACAUGGUUUCUGAGGCGAGCAUGCGCACCGUGAGCGACAAGACAUGGAUCGAGGCAGCGAUGCCGCUCGUCUUGGAUGUGUUCGAUGUGGAAAGGGCCACGUCAACUGGCCUUUUCUGCGAUGCAUCUCCCGAUGCACGCGGCAUUGUGAGCCUCCCUGCGCAUGGCACAUCCGAUGCAUGGCGGUCGCGCGUCCAAUCCCACCCACUGUAUGCACAUGCAGGACCACUUGCUAGGCUCUUGGCAUCCGCUAUCCGCCGGCUCGGCGCUGCAACGAGUCCCCAGGAAUUCAUUGCGUACUUGUGGGGCCACCAAGACGACGCUGAGGCCCAGGCACCAUUCCCGCCCAUGGCGUCGAGUAACUCGGAUGCAAGUGACCCCGGCCGCUCUUACGGCAUGCUUCGGAGGUGGUUUACUGGGUCUAUGCAGCUCGACGAUGCUUGGACAUCCUCUGCACUGGCUGGCUUAGAGACGGCGCACAUCGAGCCCGCAAGCCGCGAGCGGACUACACAGAUCUGGCAAGUGUUCAAGACCUAUCUAUUUACACUGACACUUGUGCUGGAUGCGGUUGUCGGCAUCAUCGUUGAGCAGUGUCCGUCGCCUACCGAGACAUAUCCGCCGGCCACGGACAAGUCCGAGUGCGAGCGGACGAACGGCGAAUGGCCUGCGAUGCCGACGAGCAAUGUGCCAGAGCCGUAUCUUGAUGCGCUUGCACAUGUGUUGCGAAUCUUUGAGCGUGUUUACUGGAUCACGUCGACGUUCGGCCUCGAUGGGUUCGAGUCGUACCGCGUGGUGUUUUAUUCGGCGCUCGAUGUCUUGAGCCGCGACGCCAGUGCGUGUACACAAGUGGUCAGCUCCAUGGCACAUGACCUACUGCAACGGCACAAGGACGUGCCGGGCGGCCGACCUGCGGCACAUGUGAGCUUUGCACAGCGCAUGCACGUCACCUACUUCUUGCUCGUCAUGGAGCAGUGGGUCGCCGAGUUGCCGCACGCCAUGUUGGAGCAGCUCGGGUUGCCGAUGUGUCGACCGUACUUGGAAGACACACGUUUCCAGGACGCGUUCGAGUCGGCACAUUCCGUCGUGCUGGCUCUCUAUGCAUGCGGUGCCCCAUGCACAAGGGAGCUCACACCGUUCUACGUCGACUUGCUGCUCACAUGCUUCCCAAAGCAACAGCUCAGUGCGUCGCAGCUGGAGGUCGCUUUGAUGACCAUCGUCCAAUCCCUGUCGGACCGAAGCGACUCGCUUGCUUGGUGGUGCAUUGCGCGAGUCGACGACCAGGUGAGCAUCGCUCAGCUGCAGGGCCGCCAUGACGUCGCAGAAACACUCGCCGUCUGUCUUGCCGCAAUGGUUCCACACGUCAAUUUGAUCCUGCUGCGGGCUCUGCUGUCCAAGGUCGACACACGAAUCAGGGAGCAGCCGGCGGGUAGUCCUGCGCGUGCGCGCCUCGUGGAGCGUGUGUUUGAAAGCUUAGGCGACAUGGAUGCAGCCACUCGGCCCGAGGCUUUGCUUUGGUGGCUUGACAAAAGCCCCUUGUUGACACAGGGAAUGUCAUGA